AUGAUGCUACGGCUCAGCACCAGAGGUGAUCAGCUGUCCAAGCAGAUUCAGGACCUGAAGGCCGAGGAACGAACGGCUGCCGCGCGGUCACGGGAGCUGGAUCGGGAGGUUCAUGGCCUCGCCAGCGGUUACGAGCGCUACAAGCGCCUUUGCUUCGUCUACACUGCGGCCCUGCUCAGGGCGCCGAAGCUCAGCCAGCAGCUGCAGGAGGACACGAAGCCAAAGCGAGGCCUGGACGCCUUGAUCCAGGCUUUGGCUAGCCGCUAUGGCUGGCCGGAGGUGGCAUUUCUGCACAUUGAUCGCCGCGGAGCGGGCCGACUGGGCGCGACGGAGCUUCGCAUGGGAUUGCUGCUAGGUGCCCGGAUCGACUUCCCGGCCGUGACGGGCCUCACCGCCGAGGCCCUGCUCUCCGCGAUGGACUCCAGGGGCGCAGGUUUCGUGACUGCGCAAGAUCUCGCAGCCUGCCGCCCAGGAAUUUGGCAGGAGUUCGGCGCCACAGCGAUCCUGGCCAUGGAGAAGCUCCGGGCUUUGCCCUGGGAAGCUGCGGGCGGCCGCACACAGGAUCUCCUUUUGCGAUGCCGUGCCAAGAGUUUGCUGACUGUCUCGGCUGCUGCGCUGGCUCAAGGGCAUUGUAUUGCUCGCAAUCCGGAGCAUCGACACGAGACUCAGGUUGUCAGUAUGGCUACGACCGUGGCACUGCGCUUGAACGCUGCUGAUGCAGUUCCCCACGUGAAAAAGGACAGCCUGAUCUCCAUUGGUGAGGAAGACACCGAUGCCGGCAGUCCGCUAUCAAGCAGUGAGAACGAGUCCGAGGUGUCGCCGUUUUCCCGGCAGUCCACGUUCUCGCCGCUCAAGGCGGAUGCCCCCAUCUUCACUCCAAACGUGAAGGUGGUGCCUGAGGAUCAGGAGGCCAUCUGCAAAGCCGUGGCCGAUGCAGCGAGGGCAGCUGCGACCGCAACGUUUCGGCCGCCUCCCCCGCAGGAGCCAGCACCUCUCUUCAUUUGCUCGGAGCUGCCUCCUCCAGUCAAAGUGUACACUCCACUGCCCACGCGCAUGCUGGAUCCAUAUCUCCCUGCGAAGAAGCGGCCCGCCUUUGCCACCGAGUUGGGACUUCCAGAGUGUGCCGAGUGCGUCGGCUGGGAACCUGCGCUGGUCCGACCAGUGGACCUCCUCACCUUCGGGCAGGUUUGA